AUGAGCUCUACACAAGGUGAACGAGUCACUGUCGUCCAUAUAUCCAACCUUCACUGCAGCAGCUGUGUGCAGACGAUUGCGAGCAUUCUAGCGGAACUUUCUCCUCCGCCCUUCUUAGUGGAGACUUCCAUUGUCCUGCAGUCUGUUAAGGUGUAUCAUGACCCGAGAUUGUCGGCCGCUGUAAUACGAAAUACCUUGACUCACUGGGCCUUUGACGUCGUAUCUGACUCCAGCUCAGAUCUCUCUGUGACAUUCAAUAAACGACCGCCGAUACUUCCAGGGAAGAAUACGAAACAUAUUCAAAAUUGCAGGCUUUGUCAGGAAGAAGAGUCCGGACAAGAAAAAUCCUCUCAUCAUCUAUUGCCAGGUGCACCUCCUGCGGAGCUCUCUUCAACCCAGGACAUUGGAGGUCCCUUCAAGGUGACCUUGUCAAUAGCAGGCAUGACUUGCGCUUCUUGCAGCAACACCAUUACCAACACUGCCAAAGACCUUCCUGGGGUCAUUGAUUUAGUUGUGAGCUUGCUCGAUAAUUCAGCGUCUGCGGUCGUGGAAAGCGAAGAUGUUGCUCGCGAACUCACUUCAGUGAUUGACGAUUGCGGCUUUGAGGCUACUGUCAUGAACAUCCAAUCUAUAAAGAAGUCAGUGACAUCUAGUAUCGAAUCGAAUCGGACCGUUUCCCUCAAAGUGGACGGCAUGCACUGCCAGCAUUGUCCGCCCAAGAUAGCUGCCGCAAUAGAACGCAUGGGCUCCAUCACCAUCGUGAAACCAAAUCAAAGUUAUAAUGACCCAAUUUUGACAAUAUCAUACCGUCCAACCCCUCCGUCUUUCACUAUUCGCCAUAUUUUACAACACAUACGUUCUUCGUGCCCCGAAUUCCAGGUCAGCAUACACCAUCCACCCACUAUUGAAGAUGUUUCGCGUAAUAUACAGCGGCGUGAGCAACGAAACCUUCUCCUUCGGUUGUUAUUUACGGUCAUUGUCGCCAUUCCGACCUUUAUCAUCGGGAUCGUUUACAUGUCACUUGUCCCCGAUGGAGAUUCCAACAAGGCUUUCUUCAUGAAACCUAUGUGGACGGGGAACACAUCUCGCGCUCAGUGGGCACUAUUCUUUCUAGCUACCCCGGUCAUGUUCUAUAGUGCUGGGAUUUUUCAUCGAAGGAGUAUCAAAGAGAUUCAUGCGCUGUGGAAGCGGGGGAGCACAGUUCCUAUCCUCAAACGUUUAACGAGAUUCGGCAGUAUGAACCUCUUGGUUUCUUCUGGAGUUUCUGUUGCCUAUUUCUCUUCUAUCGCUCUUCUUGCCUUGGCUGCAGUUCAGCCAAGAUCCCCAGAUGGUCAAGGAGACCAGUCUACUUACUUUGAUUCAGUGGUUCUUUUGACUAUGUUCUUGCUGAUCGGUCGAUAUCUGGAAUCCUAUAGUAAGGCUCGCACUGCGGACGCUAUCAGUUCCCUUGCCUUGUUGAAACCGGCAGAAGCAUACUUACUUACUGCCUCUGACGAAUGGUCUGGCUCUUCUGUAUCGUCUUCCGAGGGACUGACAGCUGUUCCCACGACAGCGAAAGGAGCAGUAGCGUUCAAGAUUGAGAAUAUCCCUGCGGAUAUGCUGGAGCUUGGGGACAUAGUACGCGUUCCUCAUGGUUCUUCGCCGCCUGCGGAUGGUAUGAUGGUCUCUGGAACGUCUGGCGUUUUUGACGAAAGUUCAUUGACCGGAGAAUCCGAGCCUGUUAGGAAAGAAGCUGGCGAUAAAGUUUAUGUGGGCACUAUCAAUCGCGGCGACGUCGUUCAUGUUUCUGUAGUGGAUAUUAGUGGUACCACGAUGUUGGAUAAUAUAAUGGAGGUUGUGCGCGAAGGUCAAACCCGACGUGCACCCAUGGAACGCAUCGCCGACAUUGUCACGAGUUAUUUUGUCCCAGUGGUGACCCUAUUGGCUAUAAGCACCUGGAUCAUUUGGCUUGCCCUUGGAGAGUCAGGAAAACUCUCUGCAGAUGUUCUGAGUAAUCUGUCAGGAGGUUGGCCUGUUUGGUCACUCGAAUUCGCAAUUGCCGUCUUUGUUGUUGCAUGUCCCUGCGGUAUAGGUCUUGCUGCGCCCACUGCGCUCUUAGUGGGAUCCGGCCUUGCAGCAAAAUAUGGUCUUCUGGCCCGGGGCGGAGGCGAAGCGUUUCAAGAAGCUUCUAGAUUGGACAUUGUAGUCUUUGACAAAACGGGCACCAUCACCACUGGAAAGCUUCAGGUUUCAGACGUGAAAUAUGUUACGAACAGCUGGAACGAAGAAACGAUACUCGGAAUCAUAGACGAAAUGGAAAGUACGAGUUCCCAUCCGUUAGCUAUUGCCAUUCGAGAAUUUUGCGCAGCUAAAACAACUCAUCCGCAAAAUGGAGCUUCUUUUCGGGAAACUGCUGGGAGAGGGUUGUUUGCUUCCUUCCAAUCACUUUCUUGUUCAGUCGUCAUUGGAAAUGAAUACUGGAUGCAAGAGAAUAGUGUGCAAAUUAGCCUAGAGCUUCGGGACCUCGCUGACUCAUGGAAAAAUGAAGCAAAGAGUGUAGUUUUUGUCGCAGCGCAACGUGACGCUCAGUGGGAAGUAUUAGCCAUCUUUGGAGUGGCCGAUCUCAUUAGGCCUGAAGCAUCCAACGUUAUUUCAUUGCUUAUAAAAGCUGGAAUCGAAACAUGGAUGAUCUCGGGAGACAACGAGAAGACUGCCUUGGCUGUUGCGGCUGCUGUUGGAAUACCAUCCUCUAAUGUCAUCGCCGGAGUUCUUCCUCAGGAGAAGGCUCAAAGGAUACAAUGGUUACAAAGAGGACGUCCUGUCUUACCCUUCACAGGCACUGAAAUGCCUAGCAAUCACUUCGUAGUCGGGAUGGUUGGAGACGGGAUAAACGACGCGCCGGCCCUUACCUCUGCGGACGUAGGAAUUGCAAUAGGUUCUGGAAGCGAUGUUGCUAUCUCUAGCGCCAGUUUCAUCUUGCUCUCCGCAGACUUGAAUGGUUUGCUCAACCUUAUCGAUCUUUCUAAGGCUGUGAUAAGAAGGAUAAAGUUCAAUUUCUUAUGGGCGGCGAUAUAUAAUAUAGCUGCGAUACCCAUUGCAGCGGGCGUCAUUUAUCCUGCUGGCCGUGUGCGCCUUGAUCCAGUAUGGGCCUCUCUUGCAAUGGCGUUAUCUUCGGUUUCUGUCAUUUCCAGUUCUUUGUUAUUGAAGUUGUAUAAACCUCCGAAGAAGACCUAA